AAUCUUUGUUUGUUGUGAACUUGUGGUCAGAGACAUCAGAAACAUACAUUUUGAUCCAUUUUGAGGAUUGUCAGGUUAAAAUUUACAAAAUUAUAACGAAAAUUUUGUGUUUCUAAACAUACGUCGGAACUUACAGAAAAUACUACAUUCGCCCCUCAUGAUUGGGUGAAAACACAAGGGCGGAAACUCACUUUGGUUUGUUUUGAUUGAUGUUGUUGAUUCGCCCUUUUGUUUUUUGCUUGUAAAACUACGUAUUUUCGGAAUUUUGUGAUGAUGGAGGGUGUUUUAGAAUCAGUUUUGUUCGCUUUAUAUGAUUCUGACAAAAACUCAGUUUGUUUACAUCUGAGGGUUUCGCCCUAUUGAAAAGUUGUUACAGAAUUUAUUCAAAAAGGUAUUUUAAAUGUGAACGAUCAGAACAUCAAAAUCAUGGCGAAAGAAUCCCUCCAAUUCACCGACCUGGACGAGGACUCGCUGGUGCACAUUUUCUCCUUCCUCAACCUGGAAGAUCUGGACCGUCUGGCCCGCGUUUGCCACCGGUUCUACAUCGUCAUCACGGUGCAUCUGUAUUCCCGGCUGAGCGCCCGCCUGCUUCUAACCGGCCACCAGCCGAAAGCCGCCCACUGUCCCAGCCGGAACGUGAUCGAGUUUGACUUCCGGCGCCGUAUAAGUUUGUUCGAGAACUGGCGCUAUGGACGGUACGCGGAGAACCAGUUCUUCCAGCAUAGGAUGUUGUACUUUUCGCAGAUUAUGCUGGAGAAGCGCUGGCUUUACAUGAGCCAUCGCGGCCAGUUGAGGGUUCACAAGAGGACUGCGGAGAGGGGGUUGUUGAGGGUGAAGCCGAGUUGGACGGUGGGGGCGGAGAGACAAUCGGAUAUCAAUUGGAUGGUGAAGAAGGGCGAGGUGAUCUUUGCUGGAAGGGCCGAUGGGAGUGGGUUUGUGUACGACUGCCGGAAGCGACGGUACAGCAAGCAGGUGCUGGCGGAUGAUAUCGUGACGGCGGUUGACUUUGAGGGGGAGUUGUUUGUGAGCACGGGUAAGUCGAGUUCGACGUGCUUUUGGACGGGGUUGGUGGAAGAUGGGCAGUAUGCGCUGGAGAGGAGGCUUGAAGUGGCGGACGCGUACCAAACGAUAAUGCUUAGUCCGGACGGAGGGAGCAGGUUGGCGGCGGGGAAGUACCACGAUCGUGCCAAGAGCGCCUUGCGGUUGAUAGAUGUGGAAAGAGGUUUCUCAACCGUCCUGAACUCACCGUCCCGUGCCGUUUAUCACCUGCUGUGGAAGGAUUCGUGCACGAUUCUGACGGGAAACUUUGACACAACGAUGCGAUUGGUCGACACGCGAACUGCCCAAGACGAAGCGAUCUGGAGUGACCCCUACGACGCGUCCGUUUACUGUCUGGAUUAUGACGGAGCUUACGGAGUGCUCUGCGGCAUGAAGCAGCACUUCCGGGUGAACCUGUACGAUCUACGAGCACCCCGCCGCUGCGUCCAGAUGUACUUUUCGCCCCGGAAAUCGACCAACUAUUCGCCGGUGUACAGCCUGGCCGCGGAUUCGAGUCAACUGUUCAUCGUGACCGAUCACGAUCUGCGAGUGCUCAAUUUUGACGCCGACCAUGCCGAAAGCAAAGACUUUACGCACGAUCUGGAUCGGUGGUUUUAUUGAAGAAAUAAAUUUGGAUAAAAGCG